CUCUAAGCAGUAUCCCAAAAGUUGAAGAGUUUUACAUAUAUAUGCUAUGGCGUCAUACAGCUUUAUAAACUUCAUAUUCUUGUUUCUUUUAUACUCUCUUCAUGUUAUUGCUACCGUGCAUACCAUAAUGCCCCCUGCUGUUAUGUUGUGCCACGAUCAUGAGAGGUCUGCUUUGUUACACUUUAAGCAAAGCCUUUCACUUAAUGAGUCUGCAUCUGGUGAUUCCUCUGCUUACUCAAAGACUGAAUCUUGGAAGGCUAGGGGAGAAAAUGGUACUGAUUGCUGCUCGUGGCAUGGGGUCGAAUGCGAUGAAAAAACUGGUUAUAUCAUUGGUCUUCACCUCAACAGCGCCUUCCUCUAUGGCAUUCUUGGCUCCAAUAGCACUAUCUUUACCCUUGUUCACCUUCAGACCCUAAACUUGGCUGACAAUGACUUCCAGAGCUCCACAAUCCCACAUGAAAUUUCUCAUCUUUCAAGUUUAUCUCGCCUUGACCUCUCAUUCUCUGGUUUUUCUGGCCCAAUCCCAACCAAGCUGUCAAAAUUGUUCAAAUUGGCUUACCUUGAUCUGAGUGGAAACUACUUAUCUGGUAUCUUUCCGGUUGAUAUUUUCCAUUUACCCCACAUGCUUGUUCUUGAUGUGGGAGACAACGAAAAUCUAACCGGUGUUUUGCCAGAGUUUAACCGAACAAGCUCCUUCAAGGAAUUGAGACUUAGCUUCACAAAAUUCUCAGGUAAGCUUCCUAUCUCAAUAGGAAAUCUGCAGUCACUUACUGGAUUAAGACUGAAAGCAUGCAACUUCUCAGGACCAAUUCCCACCUCUAUUACUAACUUGACCCAACUCACUCUUCUUUCACUUUCCUAUAACAAAUUCUCAGGUCACCUGCCAAUCUCAGUCGGAAAUUUGCAGUCACUUGCUAUAUUGAAUCUCAACGACUGCUACUUCUCAGGAUUAUUUCCUACCUCUAUUGCUAACUUGACCCAACUCACUUAUCUAUCACUUUCCUCUAACAACUUCAGUAAAUCUAGAAAAAUUUCCUGGCUCGACAACUUAACCAAACUUACUUACUUGGACCUUAACUCUUCCAAUAUUCAUGGUGACAUCCCAUCAUCUCUUGCAAACCUUACCCAACUUGCUUAUCUUUAUCUUGAUUCCAAUUACUUUACGGGCGAAAUACCAGUGUGCCUGACGAACAUGACCCACUUAAUUGAGUUAAGUUUGUCCAAUAAUGAACUAACAGGCCCAAUUUUGAGCUCAUUCUCUCAACUCGAAAACCUUGAAGUUCUUGAUCUUAGUGGCAAUAAUCUAAUUGGAACAGUAGAGGCUGACAUUUUUUUCACUCAUAAAAAGCUUGAGUUUCUCAGUCUAUCUGACAACAAUAUAACCUUCAUUACCCACCAUCACAUUAACUUCACCAUUCCAACUCUUAGAGGAUUACAACUGAAUGGCUGUAACUUGAGAGAGAUCCCCUAUUUUUUGAAGUUAAAAAAUAAUUUGGAGUUUUUGUUCCUGCAUGAAAACAAUAUUCAUGGGAAAAUUCCAUACUGGAUAUGGAAUGUCAGUGAUAACCUAGAGGCAGUUGACCUUUCUUCUAACUUCCUUACAUCCAUUGAACAUAAUCUGACUGUUUUCUCAAAUAAGAGUCUAGAAGUCAUUGACAUAGGAAAUAAUAUGUUGCAAGGGAAUCUCCCAGUUCCACCACCAAAUACCAUUCGGUACAUUGUGUCUAACAACAGUUUGACCGGAGAUAUUCCACCCUUGAUCUGUAGUGGCAUGUCCCUCAAAGUACUCGACUUGUCGUAUAACAACAUGAGUGGGCCUAUUCCUCCAUGUUUGAGUAAUUCUUUGGCAUCUCUUAGUCUCCAAAGCAACAAAUUUUCUGGAACUAUUCCUCAAUUGUAUUCAGAAGAUUGCGAUUUGGAGGAAAUUGACUUGAGUCAAAACCAGCUUAAAGGAGAAGUACCAAGAUCUUUGAUAAGUUGUAAAAUGCUUCAGAUUUUAGAUCUAUCAGAUAAUCAGAUUGAACAAACUUUCCCCGUCUGGUUGGGGACUCUUCCUCAAUUGCAAGUCCUUUUUCUGCAUUCCAACAAAUUUCAUGGUGCACUGGGAAGUCCUAGAAGUCCUUUAGAGUUCCCAAUGUUACGGAUUAUUGAUGUCUCUCACAACUCUUUGACGGGUGUUUUGCCUGUGGAGUAUAUCAAGAUAUGGAAUGCGAUGAAAAUGAAUAGUCCAGAUACGGAACUAUAUAUAACGACUAAUAUAAAGUUUAAAACACGGUCUUCCAUCUGGGGUAACCCAGACCUGCAGAGCUCCAUAACUCUUGUGAAUAAGGGUGUAGAAACGGAGUACAAGCAGAUUUUAAAUAUUCUCACUGCUAUCGAUCUCUCAAGUAACAAUUUCACAGGUGAGAUUCCAGAAUCUCUUGGAACUCUGAAGGAGCUUGAGUUGCUCAACCUGUCAAACAAUGAGCUCACUGGUCCCAUUCCCCGAUCCUUGGCAAACCUUACGAAGCUUGAAUCGUUGGACCUUUCGCAAAACAAGCUCACAGGGGUCAUCCCUCAGCAAUUAGCAUCGCAGCUCACUUCCCUUGAAUUCUUCAACGUGUCCUACAACCUCCUCAGUGGUCACAUACCACAAGGCUCGCAAUUUGGGACAUUUGACAACAAUUCUUAUGUAGGAAAUUCAGGACUCUUUGGAUUUCCUAUAUCUAAGAAUUGUGGAACUGUGCACUCACCACCAGCCGAUGGCGACGAGGGUGAUUCUGAUGAUACAUAUGAGUUUCCGAGUGGUUUUGAUUGGAUGUUCAUAUUAGCAGGAGUCGGAAGUGGACUGGUGGUGGGAUAUGUAAUGGGAAACAUUCUAACGGAUGGAUACCCAUGGCUGAUAAGUUCGAUUGCCCAGAGCUUUGCAUGCAGAGAAAAGAAGCAGCGGAGGGCGAAGAGAUCGAUCAUUCGGAGAUAGUGAUGAGGAUCAGAAUGUUGCAGGUUAACAGUUGUUUGCCCCAAAAAUUUUUAUGCAGGUAUCUUGUUGGAAGUAUGUGUUAGUACUGCACCUAAAGUUUAUUUCUGCACUGUGUCUACUGCUUUUACAAUUUAAAGUUCAGCAGUAAUGCAAACACCGUGAAAAGUUUUAGCUGCCGUUUCAGAUGUCUGAGCUUGUAGUUGUAUGUAAAGUGUAAAGUAUAUGAUAUUCUCCGGCACCCUCACUUAUAACCAGGCCCGGCCCUGAAAAAUUGGAUGUCUCGAGCGAAUUUAAAAUUUGUUGCACUAUAUAUCAAAAUCAAAUGCAUACACAGUUCAUUUUUCGGAA